GUUUCGAGAAGCGUCGACAAGAAAAGAUUUUCGGAAUAACCAGGACCUGAGUUAUACGUGACAGAGAAUAGGACUAAUCACUUGAGAAUAUCAAUUAAUUGAUAAGGUCUCCACCAUGGCACCUUUCACCAACCCAGUAUUGCAGUCAUUCGUCUCUGUGGCAAUCCCUUUGGCAGUGAUGGUACUGACUGCUCACUCAGGACUAUUUGACAGUAUAGAAGUAGAGACGGGUUAUGACCAUUAUGCUGAACCAGCAGAUUCCAAACUUGGUCCGAUGCCUUUCCCUAGUUUCAUCAAAAUGCCAGCCAAUGCCUUGGUAAACAUUGGAUACCUUCUUGUUGCCCUUUACUGGGGAGUCUACAUAUUCAUUUCCAAUAAUAAGCUGGCAUCCAUUCAAAAUAUGGAUGCAUAUUUGAUGUACGUCUUAGUGUGGAUGAUGUUCCUUUACGGUCCCAUCCAGUUUGCAAGGAUUGUUACUCAGAACCGUGAGUGGGCCAUUCUAGAUCAGUGGGUGACACUUCCUAUCUUUGCAUGGGUGAUGGUGACAUGUAAGACAUUGUUGACUGAUUGGCAACCAAGGGUAGCUGUGCUAACGAUGAUGGCAUCCAUCAUGAGCUACAAUCUUGUGUUUACAAUGGAGCAGGGGUUUGAUGUUGCGCUACUGCCCCAUAUUGUGUACGCCGUCUCGUCCAGUUGGAAUCUCUGUACAAAGUACACACCCCUGGUUACAAAAGAGACUUUGGUGCAGCUGUGUUGAUGUGUGCUGGGUUUGUGGCCCUGAAAGUAGCUGAUUUUCACCUUGCUCAGUUUGGAGCCUUUCAAGAAUUCACUGGACAUUUCUGGUCAAAAAUCUGUGAUGCUCUCCAGGCUCACU